AUGUCGACAACUCCUAUAGCUGUCGACUCUCCCAUUGGCAAUGGCCUCACAGGGAAAAUAACUGCAGUGCAGCCGACGGCGAUACUCUCCGAGGUGAUCUCGCUGUAUCGACCGACCAAGCACUUCCGCCGAGAGAAGACUCCGGGCCAGCCAACGACUAUAGUCUCUCUCAGCUUUGACGAUGAAGGAGGUCAACUUCUCACAUCAGAAAGUGACCACACCAUGCAAAUCUACAACGUCAAAGAUGGCAAACACCACAAGCCCCUUCUCAGUCACAAAUACGGGGUCAACCAUGCCAUGUUCGGCCAUGCCACUGGCUGCAUUAUUCACGCCAGUACUAAACUCAACCAUACCAUCCGCUACCUCUCCACCCACGACAACUCAUACCUCCGCUACUUCGAAGGCCACGAAGACACAGUCACGUGUCUCUCUUUGCACCCCGGGCAAGACAACUUCCUCUCCUGCAGCGAAGACAACACUCUCCGCAUCUGGGACGCAGCGACCAAGAACCAUUGCGGCAAACUCCUGCUCAACGGUGCGUACCUCGCUGCCUGGGACCCCUCCGGCAACGUCUUCGCCGUCGCCUCUCCCACCGCCGCGUCAAUCCUGCUUUACGAUUUUAGAAACUAUGAUAAGGCCCCUUUCUCGACCUUUGAUAUUCUGCCCUUCGCUAACCCGGAAACGUCGAAUUUGGCGAGCAAGGGGUGGAGUAAAAUUGAGUUCUCAAAUGAUGGGAAACACAUCCUGCUCGGCAGUGCUGGGCAAAGCCACUUCUUGCUCGAUGCGUUUGAUGGCCACUUGAAAGCUGCUUUACGUCGAGAACGUGGCAGUGUCCGAAGACUUUAUGGUGGUGACCAGAAUCCAGAAGGCGUCAGCUCGCAGUCAAGCGACUACCUGUACCCCGGCACCGGCGACUGCUGCUUCACACCGGAUGGCAGAUACGUGAUCAGUGGCUCCCGAGGCCAGAAUGCUCUGGUGUGGGAUACGCUGGCUCCUGCGCCCGAACAAUUCCUCCUUCCGAUCCAUCAGCUGGAGUAUGACGGGGAGUCGGCGGUCAUUGCCUUCAACCCGCGCUACAACUUCUUUGCUACAGGCGACAAGGAUGUCGUAUUCUGGGUCCCGGAACAGAGUUUUUCCUGA